AUGUUAUUCAACGUGGCGCGGGCGCGAUCCUAUAUCAAUCGCGGGGGACUUGACAGCUUUGGGGCUUUGCAAGUCGUUAUUGCCGUCCUCAAGCUGGCUUUAGUCUCGCUGGAGGAAGUUCCCAAGCAGUCGCUCUUCCAGCCUGGAUAUGGUCGGUCGUCAAUUGGUCCGGAGACACGGGGUGGCUUUUGGAAUAGGUCACUUUUCGUGUGGGUGAACAGUACGCUAUUGAUUGGAUUUAGAAACGCCAUUAGUGUCGACGAGUUGCCUGAGAUCGGACUCGAAUUUUCCACCGAACGACUUUCCAACCGAUUCCAGAGAAGGUGGGAAGAAGCCGACAAGUCGUUGCGUUAUUGCCUACCAAUCACUAGCAUGAAGGCUCUUGCGUGGCCACUUGUCGCCAUUGUAGUACCAAGACUCUGUUUCACGGCUUUUACCUUUGCUCAGCCUUUCUUACUUCACACUAUUGUCAGAGCAGUCGGCCAAAAGGAGCUAUCUAGAGAAGUUAUCGGCGGCCUCAUAGGAGCUACCGGCCUUGUCUACUUCGGUCUGGCGGUGACUGGGGCGUGUUAUAAGCAUGCGGUCUACCGAUGCCUUACGAUGAAUCGCGGAAUGCUUGUGUCUGCAAUUUUCAAGCAAACCUUGGAGCUAGACUUGGCCACAGCUAAGAAAUCGGCCGCUGUCACGCUCAUGAGCACUGAUGUAGACAGUAUCGAGGCUGGAUUCGUCAUGAUGCAUGACCUUUGGGCAGGCGUUCUUGAGCUUGGUAUUGGUGUGUUCCUCUUAGCCAGAUAUGUCGGAGCUGCGGCUUUUCUCGUUGUAGUACCAGCAGUGCGGCAAAUCAAGAGCAUCAAGAUGACUGGACUUGCUCCCUUCGUCGUGGAGCGCCUUCAGGAUCUUCGCGUAAGUGAAAUCGAUAAGUCCAAGGACCUCAGGAAGAUCAUAAUCUACAUGCAUGCACUGGCACAAUUCUUCACGACGAACACACCCGUUCUUGUCAUUGCAGGCAGCUUGUUCUGGACAAAUGCCUCCAAAGGCCUUGAUGCGGCUGAUACCUUUGCCACCCUCUCGUUGACCAGCCUCGUUUCAGCACCCAUGACCAACCUCCUCGUUGGCUUUCCGCAGGCAGCCAGCCUGCUGGCAUGUUUUUCUCGGAUCCAAGACUUUCUCCUAUUAACACCACGGCCAGGUGCAAAAAGUGUUGCUAUCCCUGAGAGUGCGCCAAUGCCAGUCGCAACACAGAAGAAUGUGCACCCAGCGGAGUCGAAAUCUGGCAUAAAACUACGGAACGGUGGCCCAUCGCUACUAAAUAAACGCACUGGUACAACACAACCGUUAAUUGAAUUCUCUGAUGCAUCCAUCGCUCCAUCCAUCGAUACUGAGCCGGUUUUGCAAGGAGUAAACCUACAAAUUCUACCUUCCACAUUGACAGUGAUUGUCGGUCCCGUUGGAUCUGGAAAGACAACACUUGUUAGGGCCCUGGUGGGUGAAGCUUCAAUCUGUGGAGCUGUAAAUGGCAUAGAUCAGACGAGCAUCGGGUACUGUGAUCAGGUCUCGUGGUUACGAAACAUCUCCAUCCGAGACAAUAUUGUCGGGCCAACUGAGUUCGACGAGACAUGGUACGACACUGUUUUGAAAUGCUGCUUGCUCCAUGAGGAUCUGCAGGAGAUAUCAGGUGGCGAUAAAGCGCUUGCUGGAAGUGGCGGCGCGAUUCUAAGUGGUGGACAGAGGCAGCGAGUGGCACUCGCUCGAGCCGUAUAUUCUCGAAAGUCUAUCCUGAUCAUGGACGAUGUCUUCAGUGCACUGGACUACAGGACUUCUAAAGCAAUCGUAUAUCAACUCCUAGGAUCCAAUGGCGUUCUUCGGGCUUUGGGCACGACUGUCGUCAUGGCAACUCAUUCUGUCGAUCAUAUUGCCUUGGCAAACAACGUGGUUGUGCUUGACGGCAAAGGAAAUCUCGAUGUGCGAUCCAAUGCACAAGACAUGACUGAUAACGAUGCCCUUAUCGAUCAUUUACGAAAGACUGAGGCUCUCGUGACAGAUGAGGAGUCCCACCAUGAGAGAUCAGUCUCCAGUGAAGCGCUGGCACCGAAGCCACAGGAGACACCCAAAGCUACCACAAAAGUGGACGACGCGAAGAACGUUGAACGGCAGAGAGGCGAUCUAGGACUCUACCGGUUCUACUUCUUCUCAAGUGGAAUCUGGCAGUACCUUACCUGGAUGCUCAUGGCUGCUAUCAAUAUGCUUUGGUCCCAGAUGCCCUACAUCUUCCUCCGCAUUUGGCUUGCUAAAGACCCUGAGGACAAGACAUAUUUUGCCGGAUACACCACACUUGGAGUGACUUCAUGCCUCUCCUCGGCUAUAAUGCUUGCCUUCUACAUGCUCAAGGUUGCACCCACAUCAGCAGAGAAGCUCCACCGAAUUGCAACCGUGGGAUUCCUGUCCUCUACUGACUCAGGCUCUCUUCUAAACAGAUUCAGCCAAGACAUGUCUAUAAUCAACCAGUCCUUGCCAAUGGUUAUGUUGAAUUUCUCCAUCGUGUUCUUCGAUAAUCUGGUUAGUCUCGGGAUCAUCGUGUCUGGAGCUGACUAUGCGGCGGUCGUCAUCCCGUUCUUGUUUGUAGCAGUUUAUCUUGUACAGCACUUCUACCUUCGUACCUCACGCCAGAUGCGCCAUCUCGACCUGGAGGCUAAGUCCCCACUAUACACCCAGUUCUCGGAGACUGCAGCUGGCGUGCAACAUAUCCGCGCCUUUUCAUGGCAGUCUGAAACUCUAUCCGAGAGCUUUGGGCUUCUCGAUUUCUCCCAGAAACCCUACUAUCUUAUCUCAGCAAGUGCAAUCGGCUUGGCGAUGCUGAACGUGAUCAACUUUGGGACAGGAAUGGCCAACGUCAUUGGCACAUGGACUCGAAUGGAGACGUCUCUGGGUGCUAUUGCAAGGCUGAGAUCAUUCUUGGAGGAGACACCAACAGAAGAGGACCCAAGUGACGAACCUGAGCUGCCCAAGGGCUGGCCGCUCUAUGGUGGAGUCGAGCUCAAGGGCGUUUGUGCGCGAUACAAUGGGAAGAGUUCGUUGGUUUUGACUCUGCUCCACUUUCUUGAUCAAUCCGGGGCUGUGACAAUUGACGGCAUCAAUACUUCAGGUGUUGGACGCCAACACCUUCGCUCGCGAAUCACGGUGAUCGCCCAAGACCCUGUCGAGCUUCAGGCCACAGUCAGAGGCAAUCUCUUUCCCUUCAACCUAGAAGGUGCACCCUCGCAAAUUGCUGUUGUCGGAGAUGCCUUCAUGGAAGAGGCACUCUCACAGGUUGGGUUGCUGAAUCAGAUCUCCGCGAAAGGUGGUCUGGAGGCAGAUUUUUCAACCCUUGGUCUCUCGCAGGGACAGAGACAAUUGUUCUGCCUAGCGCGUGCUGUCUUGCAUCAUAAAGUGAUGGGAACCAAGAUCGUGCUUGUUGAUGAGGCGACAAGCAACGUCGACAUCCACACAGACAGGGAGAUGCAGACGGUCAUGGCUGAAGCGUUCUCAGAGUGCACUGUGAUUACGGUUGCGCAUCGCCUUGAGACGAUUCAAGAUGUAGACAUUGUGCUAGAGCUGGAAAAUGGCAGGCUUGUUAGGCGAGAGGAGCGCAAAGGACGUGAAAUAUAG